CCGGGCGACGCCGGGUAGUAAAGCGAGUGUAUAAUAUAGCUCAGUGGGCUUUACCUGGUGAUGAAUGUCCGUGCAGCCUCUUUAAAGGUAAAUCCUCUCUGACCUGACAUGGGCUGUCCCUCGCCGGAAGUGUCGGGCUGCUGCCCCCCCCCGCUAUCGGUGCAGAAGGAAGUGACGUCACGCGCGCACACUCACGCCGCCAUGGUGGUGCCGGCGGCCCCCCGCGAGCUCCUGCUGCUGCUGAACCGCCUCCUGGCGCAGAGGCGCCUCCAGCCCGCGCUCGCCGCUCUCAAGGGGCUACGCAAUGGAGCCGUGUACGGAGCGAAGAUCCGGGCGCCGCACGCGCUGGUCAUGACCUUUCUCUUUCGGACCGGCAGCCUGGAGGAGAAAGUGCGUGCGAUCCUGCGAGCGACGUACCAGCACUCGCGGAACCUCGCCUGCUUCGUGCUGCUCUACAAGGGGGCGAUGGCUCUGCUGCGCGGGGCGAUGGGCGGGCAGAGGAAGAGCGUCCACGCCUUCCUGGCUGCCUCGCUCGGGGGUUGGCUCGUGUUCGGAGAGAACAACCAGGUCAACAGCCAGAUCAACAUGUACCUGCUGUCGCGGGUGCUGUUUGCGGCGGCGCGCGUGGGCUCGGAGAAGGGCUGGCUCCCCACACCAGCACGUGACCCCUUCCCGCUGUUCGCGGCCCUUGUGUGGGGCAGCGUGCUGUGGCUGUUCGAACACCAGCGCCACACACUGCAGCCCUCGCUUCAGUCCUCCAUGACCUACCUGUACCGCGACAGCGAUCACUGGACCGACCUCACCGACUUCCUCAUCUACAACAAGCGUCCAUGAUUGUUGACGAGCGGCUCGCCAGGCUCCGCUCCCUCCCCCCUCCUCCACUGGCAUCUCCGGCGCUGAGCCGUGCAAUACCAAGCCAGUGGUACCCAAUAAUGGUCCGCCAGGAACUACUGUGGUCCGCACGUGUUGCUGAUGUGAUCUUUUUAGUCAGAAAACACUGAUAGCUCUUUUUUAGAAGCGACCCGGCCACAAAUAAUAGAUCAACGAAGUGACUUAUAAUGUGGAAAUUUAUCACAGCCAAAUAUUCUAAAAGCACAUUGAUUCUAAAUGUGGAGGGAAAAACUAG